CUCGGAGAACAGAGCUCAGUCACCGAGAGGGAAGAGGAGUCAUGCGCUCCGGGCGCGCGGGGCGGGGGGGGGGGGCGCGUUCCCAUCCAGAGCCCCGCGAGACGGGCAGGUUUCGUUCCCAGCGCGCUUCCGGGAAACUGCGGCUUCGCUGGGGAGGGACUGAUUAAAAGUGGUUUUCCGGCAGGCUGGAAGCUCACACCGCAGCUCUGGCAAAGCCGACAGUCACUGUGCCAAGGCCGUCGGGAGAAUUGGGGCCGCCUUGCGUGACUGCGGGAGCACAGCGACUGGGGUCUGAGCCGCUGGACCCUACCCGGCGCCCCGCCCCCCGCCCCCCCACAAGCCCCGCCCCGCUCCGCCAGGUCCACCCGCCCAAUGCAGACCUUAAAAGUCGCGCGGGAUGGCGCGUUUCAACUCUGGAGUGACUGUGCGCAAACGGGCCACGCCUCUGCGACACCGGCUGUCGGAGACACGCGGGGGUCCUGAGGGCUGGGAAUUGACUGCAUUUGUUGACCCCCCAGUCUCAGUCCGCACUCUGUGAGAAAACCCCGCUUUGCCGAGGCCCCAGGUAUAGCGGCGAUCUGCAAAGAAGGGACCCUUCUUGGUCCGCAUCCCAGUCCCAGCGCCUCUGGCUCGGACGACGCCUAGAGGCUACUGAGUGGGUGCCCAAGCUCCCAGAGCAGCAGGUGUCCCGGCUAGGUCUCCGAUUUCCUGGAGACCUCUUGCCCUCCACAAAGGCCCCAGCCCUGUUUCGGAGCCGUGCAUCCCGCGCCCGCAGGAAACCGCGCCACCUCGCAGCGCAGCGUAGCCAGACGCCAGGGGUAGGGGCGCGGGGCGCCGGCUCCUUCCUCCGCACACCUGAGCGCCACGCCUCCGUCCAUCUCUCUCCGACAUGGUCACCAGCCUCGGCCCCGACGCUCGCCUGCAGCCGAGCGCGCUGUCGUCCCAGCAGACCACGCUCCUGCUGCUCCUUUCGGUGCUGGCCUUGGUGCACGUGGGCCAGUGGCUGCUGAGGCAGCGGCGGCGACAGUCGGGGUCCGCGCCUCCGGGCCCGUUCGCGUGGCCGCUGAUCGGAAACGCGGCGGCGAUGGGCCCGGCGCCGCACCUCUCGUUCGCGCGCCUGGCGCGGCGCUACGGCGACGUCUUCCAGAUCCGCCUGGGCAACUGCCCGGUGGUGGUGCUGAACGGCGAGCGCGCCAUCCGCCAGGCGCUGGUGCAGCAGGGAGCCGCCUUCGCCGAUCGGCCGCGCUUCGCCUCCUUUCGUGUGGUGUCCGGCGGCCGCAGCCUGGCUUUCGGCCAGUACUCCCCGCGCUGGAAGGUGCAGCGGCGCGCGGCGCACAGCACCAUGCGGGCCUUCUCCACGCGCCAGCCGCGCAGCCGGCGAGUCCUCGAGGGCCACGUGCUGGGCGAGGCUCGCGAGCUGGUGGAGCUGCUGGUGCGCGGCAGCGCGGGCGGCGCCUUCCUCGACCCGCGGCCGCUGACGGUGGUGGCGGUGGCCAACGUCAUGAGCGCCGUGUGCUUCGGCUGCCGCUACAGCCACGACGACGCCGAGUUCCGCGAGCUGCUCAGCCACAACGAGGAGUUCGGGCGCACGGUGGGCGCGGGCAGCCUGGUGGACGUGCUGCCCUGGCUGCAGCGCUUUCCCAACCCGGUGCGCACGGCCUUCCGCGAGUUCCAGCAGGUCAACCGCAACUUCAGCAACUUCGUCCUCGACAAGUUCCUGAGGCAUCGCGAAAGCCUGCAGCCCGGGGCCGGCCCGCGCGACAUGAUGGACGCCUUCAUCCUCUCGGCGGGAACCGAGGCGGCGAUGGAGGGCUCGGACGACGGCGGCUCACGGCUGGACCUGGAGUACGUGCCGGCCACUGUCACCGACAUCUUCGGCGCCAGCCAGGACACGCUCUCCACGGCGCUGCAGUGGCUGCUCAUCCUUUUCACCAGGUAUCCUGAUGUGCAGGCUCGGGUCCAGGCCGAACUGGAUCAAGUCGUGGGUAGAGACCGGCUGCCCUGCCUGGACGACCAGCCCAAGCUGCCCUACGUCAUGGCCUUUCUUUACGAAGCCAUGCGCUUCUCCAGCUUUGUGCCUGUCACCAUUCCUCAUGCCACCACCACCAGCGCCUCCGUCUUGGGCUACCACAUUCCCAAGGACACGGUGGUUUUUGUUAACCAGUGGUCUGUGAAUCAUGACCCCGCAAAGUGGCCUAACCCAGAGGACUUUGAUCCGGGCCGCUUCUUGGACAAGGAUGGCUUCAUCGACAAGGACCUGGCCAGCAGUGUGAUGAUUUUUUCAGUGGGCAAACGGCGGUGCAUUGGGGAAGAGCUUUCCAAGAUGCAGCUGUUUCUCUUCAUUUCCAUCCUGGCUCACGAGUGCAAUUUCAAGGCCAAUCCAGACGAAUCCGCGACGAUGGAUUUUAAUUACGGUCUGACCAUUAAACCCAAGUCAUUUAGUAUCAACGUCACUCUCAGAGAGUCCAUGGCGCUCCUCGAUAGGGCUGUCCAAAAGUUUCAAGCCGAGGAAGGCUGCCAGUGAGAAGCCAGAAGCGAGCUCAAAUUUUGGAAAUACUCAAGUGGGGGGGCGGGGGGAUAUAAGACUGUUCUAGCUCCUCUGUGCCACUUUCUCAAUUGGCUUCUAAAGUGAGCAUCAACCAAUGGACCCGCUGAUGAGGGGCUUCACGGACCUGUGCUCAGAGCAGCUCAGGGCUAUGAAGGAGCUCCUGGAUUUUUGGAGCCAAAGAAUUAAAGGGUUCAAGGUAUUUUUACACAAUAUUGAGUGCUGGUAAUAAUAUCUUGAGGGAGCAUCCUUUGGAGUUGAAACCCACAUAUGCGCACCCACAAAUGACCUAAUGAAGAACAGGUUCAGUAACCACACCUUCCAGGACUGACAUUCCAAGCGCUGAAAUCUGCUUCAUAGGAAACCACAGUGAGCAAAAUUUCUGAAAAUACUGUUGAUUAUGCAAAGGCAAAUCAUUUCAGUGUAAGACGCGGGAUUGAGGGUGACAAGGGAAGAGGGUAAAGACCAGAAACUCCUUUCUGACCUCUUUGGUCAAAAAUAGUUUAGGGAGUAUCUCUGGAUGGAUUUGUCUUUUUGCCUACUGAUGUGCUUUCUCUUUUUUGCAUAAAUCAUGAGGUCAUUUGCUUAUAAAGAAAUCAAUAGUGGUUGGUCCAAUAGUAGGCUUCGAUGAUUUAUCAUGAUUUUGAAGUGUAAGUUGUUAAACUGUCAAAAAUUCCAAGCCGAAGUCACACCUCUGCUGUUGCCAAAGUAUAGAAUUUCAGUGAUGAGGAAAAAAAAAUAUUUACCAGCCCAGCUAAGCUUUAUGGCCUAUGAUCAUAAUGCACUGAUUUCAGUAAGUCUCGUAGAAUAAAAAGGUCACCAAAUACUAUUCAAUAUAUUUACUUAUAUAAUUAUUUGUAAGUAAUAUGUAUUAGUUAUUAGAUUAUUAAAUAGUAUUAGUGAUUUUAAGAAAAGUUCGAGUUAGGUACACCUUUCCAAAAGAAAGACCAAAAAGUACAGUUCAACCAAUUUAGUCUCAAAUACUUGAAAUGAGCCUAUUUUGACAUCAUGGAAACUAACAUAAAGCAAAGUCCAUUCUCUCAUCUGCAACUUGAAUCAGAACUAAAAAGUCUCAAAAUUGGAUCUCUAAGAUGUGUUCCUUAUUACUUUACAACAUACUUUCUAAAAAUUAUAUUCACCAUCUAGAAUCUUCUUGUGAAAUCAAUGUUGUUAAUAUGCUAUAAUUCUAAACUCUCACCAUACUUAAAUUUUAAUUUAAUUUUAAAGCCAUUCUGAUUGUUGAGUUUCCAUUGAAAUUACUGGAAAUCUGACCGUUAGCCUGUGCAAGGCAAAAAAAUUUAACCUGUGUCUGCCUGGUGAAUAGGGAAAAAUGCAAUGAACUAUCCAGAUCUUCUCUUUAUUAGAAAACCAGGGGGGAAAUUCCCAUCAUACUAGGCCUAGUUUCUUAAAUGAUUUUUAAAAAAUAGUGUCCAUGUCUGUGUUUUGGAAAGUCAGAAUCAGAAGGUAGCGUUGGGAGGCUGUUUUGAGGAUUGUAUCACGUUCCAAUGGAGCUGAUCAGAUCAGGCAUGCUGUUCAGAAUGGCCGGCCUGGUGAGCAGCCCACUUUGAUAACUGUGAAAACAUGAAGCCUGAAGGAAAUAUAUAUGUUCCAUUUAUGUAAAGAGCCCAAAAACCUAAAACACACACGCAAAAACAGAAAAACAAGGCAAAACAAAAAAACGCACGAUGGAAAGUGGCAAAAGUUCAAAGUGAAGGUUGGAGCUUUAACUUUCCGUUGCGUGUGAACUUUCAGAGGAAGGUAUACAUGUCCUGAGAGUUUACUGCUUCUUACAUUCUAUUAAGCUUUUUGGGAAUCUUUUAAUCAUGUUACAAAAGGAGGCAUGGCUGAUGGCUCUGCAUAGGGGCGGUGAGAAAAAAGAUAGGAAAAGGAAAAGGAAGAAAUAUGAUUAAGCUUUCCCCCACUCAUUCCAAAUUAAUUCCUCUGAAGCACAAAAUUUGAAAUAUGAACAUUUAGAAAAAUGUAUCACUGGCUAAAGUUCAAUCCCAAGUAUACUUAAAAAAAAAUCUACAACACAGAAGAUCUAUUUUGUAAUUUGGAAUUCUUUUAUGAAUAAACAUUUUGUAUGCUUUUAAUCAAUAAAAUCUCAUAGCUCUACCUCUUGAGGAUGGAGACCCAUGACAGUAUUUUUAAAGGCACUAAAGCCAACUGUAGAAAUCAGGCUUACUCACCACAUUUAAAUUUUUUUUGUCACCCACUAUGCUAAAACGUGGUUACCCCCUACCCCUAAGCAGGGCCAAGACAGUGAUUUUAGGUUGCCCUAGCCCACUUACUCUGAGACAUGUGUGGUACAAGAGCAAGCAUGUACCAAUCUGGAUGCCUCAUUAAGUCAACCAAGUCCAGAUGUGCUAUAAUCUGUUUGUACCGAUGUAGGCUCAGUUCGGCUGAGACUUCUAGCAACGGAGAAGGACAAAGAGAGGUGGGUUCCGGGAGGCUACCUGGCUUAUUUAAAUGCAACUUGGUUAUUCUCUGUUUUAUAAUCUAGUUAAAGGAAGGAAAACGAAACCCAAAACAAACAAAUACAAAUAACCAAACUUGGAGGCUACAGUAAUCCAGCUACUUACUGGUCUAAUCAGAAAACCUUACUAUAUUUCUUCCAGACAGAGAAUGUAUUUGCUGGUCGCUAUUGUAGUUGGAAUAUCUACUCUCCAGGUUAUGGUAACAGUUAAAGUAUAUUGUUCCUUAAAUAAUUCCUUUAAAAACUGAAGCUUUGACUUUGCAAGAAGAUGACUUUUUUUUCCAAACAAAAAGAUGUCUCAGGUUUGUUUUGUGGGUUAUCUGAAAGCUUUUUUUUCUCCCCUCCCUCUAAAAGCUUUCACGUCUCAGAACUUAGCCUUCACCUGUGAAAUGCUAUUACAGCCUUAAUAUUUCCGUAUUAGAUCUAUAUUAGAUCAAAUAGUUGCAUGGCGUUUAUAUGAAUUUGUAUGUUUUUAGCUAUGAUACAUUGUGUGGUAUUUUAGUAGAUGUUUAUAGCUCAAUGAUAACUUUUUAUUUAACCUUUUCCUAUUUUUGUAUUUUAUCACCGAUGCUUUUAACAUUUAGAGAGCUACUGUUGUACAUGCUUGUGACUGAAUACAUUUUGGCAACACAGGGUUAACAUAUAUCUUUUAGUGUGUGAUUGACCACACUGUAUCUGUAAUUACCUAUAACCUGACACCAUUACCAAAAUAAUAAAAAUCACUUUCUAGUCUUGUUA